UUUGCCAAUGAUAUUUUACCAUGCUUCAACAGGUGCAUUACUUGCAAUAUUAAAUCAUGCACCAAACAACAGAACACUCGGGAUACUACAGGGAUUUGCUACUGGACUCAUGUUGAGCAUGUCUUUCUUUGACUUGGCUUAUGAUGCUGUCAAUGCGAUUGGUUUUCUGAAAGGGAACCUUUGGUUUUUUGCUGGAGCACUUCUAUUUUCAGCAAUUGCCGACAUCUUCCCUGAGCCAGAAUGCAGUCCGCCAGAUGAAAAUGACAAACAAAAGACUGUUAAUAGCACAGCACGGCAAGAACUUAUGAUGAGACACCGAAGAAGAGUUAUCUUUAGUGUAAUUGUCACCGCAAUUGUUGCUGGUGUGAGUCUGCAAAACUUCCCUGUGGGUACUGCCGCUUUUCUGGGAACUGCGAAGGGCUUUCGUGUUGGCCUUAACUUGGUUAUUGCUAUAGCUCUACACUACAUCCCGGAGGGCAUUGCUGUAGCUCUCCCUGCAUACUUUGCAACUUGCAGCAAAUGGCAAGCAUUCAAACUAGCAACACUUUCUGGUUUUGCAGAGCCACUAGGUGUAAUUAUCGUGGCAUAUAUAUUUCCGAGCAACCUAAAUCCAGAAAUAUUGGAAGGUCUACUUGGAUUAGUGGGAGGAGUAAUGGCAUUCCUGACAUUGUAUGAGAUGCUACCAUUAGCAAUUGAGUAUGCUGGACGCAAGGAUGCUGUGAAAGCUGUAUUUGUUGGCAUGGCAUUUAUGUCUAUGAGCUUGCACUUCCUGGACAUUAGUCUUCCAAAGGAGAUGAGCGCUUAAUUUCAGUCUAACCCAAUAAGUGCUAUGGGCAAAUGCAUUGUGGACUUUCAGUAAGGUAU